GCUGUUGGUUACAAGGUACGUCCACAAGCAUGUGGUAUUAACAGCAUAUCUUGUUCCUUUGUUUGCAGUUGGACAGACUUCUUUCCUCCUUCUGGGAGGGCAGAGCACAAAAGAACCUGCAUACUGUGAACCUGUACGUAGUGACCCUGUACAUAGAGAACCUGUACGCACUGAACUUUUAUGCAGUAAACCUGUAUGCAGUGCCAUAUAUCUCUGCGCAAGAAGAAAAAGAAACAUUUUGCAGUUCUGAAUAUUAGAAAAGCUCUUUCUUUUUCUUCUUUCUGGAAUCCACUGAAAACAUUCCUCAAACAAAUUGAUAAGGUGGAAUGGAUUUUUAAGCCUAAGGGGUUCAUUUUAGCUGCAGAAAUGUCUGACUCCCUGGAAAAGCUGAGUGUGACAGAGGGUUCGGUCAUCAGGGAGACCACAGCAACUCAAGAACCCAAAGGUACAGUGUCCGUGCCACCUCCAUACAGUGCUCCAGACCAAGACAACCAGCUUGAGCUGCGCAGUUCCCUUGAUUGUUGGGCAUGUGCUGUUCUCAUCUCGGCACAGAACUUUCUGAUUGGUAUCUUCAACAUCCUCAUUAUAGGGGUGAUUUUCGGCCUCAUUCUGCUUCCUGCCAUAAUUAUGGUUGUCUUUGGCUUCCUCUGUCAUUCCAAGGUGCUUAAUGCAGAGGCACAUUAUUGUGUGGAGAUGAUGAACGAUAAGGGUUCGACAGCACUUAUUACCGUUGGAUUUAUUCUGCUAAUACCACUGAUGGUUCUGGGGCUAGCUGCCUACUGCCGUGUAGCGAGACGACUGGAGCUUGGUUUAUGCUUCAUCCCCUAUAGCAAGGCUGUGUACAAAAAUCUGCCAGCAUCCCACUACAACAGCCUAGGCUUCUGUUGUGAGCAUGCAGGGAAUGCUGCUGCCAAAGUCUGGGUGUAAAGUCCUAUCCCAACCACAUUGACAGAUCAGAAAGGACCACUGCAAGAAAAAAUAUGAACUGAAGGACCAGUCAGAAUGCCUGCAAUGCUGGGAAACAAUACUUAAACCAAGACUUUAAAACUACCAUCAACAGUAAAACUACCAUUAACAACACUCAGGCCUUACAACAUUGUUACACUAUUUUGCCUCCCUCACCUAGGUAGCUAUGAGAAAACCCUGUGUGUGUGUGUGUGUGUGUGUGUGUGUGUGUGUGUGUGUGUGUGUG